GGGCGUUAACGGCUUAAGCAUCCUAUUCAUCUUUUGUACACAUAAGGCGCUUUUACCAUAUCUCAUGUGAUGUAGCUUAAACGCAUACAAGUAUGUAUAACACGGACGUAAAGUUUUUAUACGUUCAAAUUGGUUGUCUGGUAUGUUAUUAUUGGGCAAAUAUUAUAAAACAUCUACUGUUGAGGUUACAUGUUGAAUAUUAAAUAGGAGCUUUUUAAUCAUGCCAUGUUGUCUGAAACGGGAAAGCACUGUUUUGUUCAAUGAUUGAGCUGAUAAGUACUACCAAGUUCGACGAGGAAUCCCCUUUGGAAAACUAUUAAUUCUUUGUCAGUCUUAUAUCAGCCAUUCGGGUGUUAUCAGCGAGAGCAUAAUGAUUUGUGCUAACAUGAAAGUAGUUCUGCUCGUUGCCUUAGUUCAGUUCUCAGCAGCAUCCAGAUCAAACCACGGAAAUAAUGUUAACACAUUUGAAGCUACAUACGGCUGUUUGCAGUAUAGCACAAACCAUGGUUAUGAAUAUGCUCAUCCGUACUAUUCUACCGCAAAAUUUGAAAACCUGAAAGUCACAGCAGGAAAUGUUACAUAUAUGCGGAUGGGAGUGCUCGCUCGGAAUGAUGGUCACAUUCGUCUAUCGCCGGUUGAAUAUCCCUACGACAAAACUGAAAUGAAUGAGCUUGUGCUUUCCGGUUGGGCCAAUACGGCUAUCGAGAUUCGACGAUACACUCGGACGGACCAUAAGACCCGGAUCAAUAAUCGGGUGUUCUUGCACAUCAGAAGCGAUGGGCUGUUGUCGGAGUUUAGUCCAAUGAUGUUCACGAUGUCUAUCGAUACGCAUGGAAAUGUGCGGCUUGUUAAAGAUGGCGACGAAUAUCCUUUUAUCGAGUUUAAAGAUCCAAAGAUAUCGUUCAAGUACAUGGGGUUCUGCAACUGGGAUGCUCCGGCAAUAUACUUCUUCGAUUGUCCAUUUGAGGUAGAUCACAGGAAAUGUGAGGGAAUUGCGUUUACCUGAUUGCUGGACUGUAGCGAUUUGAAAUGCUGAACUGUGAACAAACACGAAUGUUGGCAAUAAUAAUUUUUUAACAAUAGA